CUUUGAGAGGAAGUUACCACCUCUUCCCCAGACUCUGUACACACACACACACACACACACACACACUCAGGCAGACACACACGCUCUUCAUGACUUGACCACAGCAGGAACAGGGAAUCAACUGAAACAGUCAGGACUGCUUCUAAUGCUUGGGGGUUUGUUUUGUUUUGUUUUGUUUUUAAAUUUUGGAGGGAACCAAGGCUGAACUUUUGCCUGGAGCUUUCUGUGUGGACUGAACAGUUUCAGAGGCGGAUUUCUUGUCAUCACAGACCGGCCUCAGGACCAAAGAUCACAGCCCUGAUUCAACAGCAAAGGAGAGACAGAGAGAGGAGCGUGAUCAUUUUGCAUCUAUUCUCCAACUUCUCAUUGCACUAUGAGCUGGGACUGAGGACGCGCUCCAAAGUUUCAUUUCGUGGUGUGAAGAAAGCAAAGUCAAGAUCACCAUGGAUGUAAAGAAAAAAGAAAUGGACCUCCUGAGCAACAGCAUAGCUGCCUAUGCACAUAUCAAAGCAAACCCAGAGAGCUUUGGUCUUUACUUUGUGCUUGGAGUGUGUUUCGGCCUGGUGCUGACACUCUGCCUCCUGGUCAUCCGCAUCUCCUGCAAGCCACGGACCAACAUGGCUCCCUCCACGCCUGAGAAAAAACACUUAAAGGACAUCAGCGAGGAGGACGAGGAGAGCGAGGAUGAUGAGGAUGAAGAUGGGGACGAUGUAGAGGCACCAGUCCCUUUGCCCAGCACAGAAAUCCCUGCUGUCAAUCACACCAGGCAAUCAGACGGGACACUGAGUGUGAACGUAUUUACUUCAGCCGAGGAGCUGGAGCGGGCACAGCGGCUGGAGGAGAGGGAACGUAUCAUACGUGAGAUCUGGAGAAAUGGCCAGCCUGAUAUCCUGGGGACGGGGACAGGGACUAUUGGCAGAGUACAUUACUACUAAGAUAAACUGGACUUCAAGGGAAACACUGGGUGCUCUGUGGAGGACUGACCAUAGACCUUUGGGUGGGUCCCUGAAGAGUGUGAGACACGAGAGUGUGUGUGGUAGAUACAGUAUCACAUCAUGGCAACAGGACAACAGUGAUGUGACACACUGAUAUGACAACCCUUGGCUCUGACGGAGCUGAACUUUGUGAUAUUGCACUUCCUGUGUAGCAGUAUUAGUUUCAAAUGACUACAUGAAAUUAAACCAAAAGGCGUCUUAAAGACUGAUGAAUCCAUCCGGAAAGAUACAGUUAUGAAUGUGGGAGAUGAUGGACACAAACUAAUUGGUCUAUUGAAAUGUAUGCCGUUUAAUGACAAAAAUGCACACUACAGCAAGGUUAACGUAUGUAUGUACUGAAUGUUUGAAUGAAGAUGAUUUGUUCGCCGCGAGGACUUCUCCUCUAGACUGGAGAGUUUUAGAGUAAAUCGGAUCUUAAAAUUUCUCCAAGACGACACUCACAAGAGUCCACAGUUUUUCACGGUUUGAACAAGCGCAUGCCAAACAUUUUGUUGUGAUCAGAUUACAUGUAAAGUAUAAUGUAAAGACAAUUAAAAUUGGAGCCUUUAAUCUGUGAGUACAUUAAA